AUGGAUUCCCCACUAAAUCUAGUAGAUUUUUAUGACUCACGAGGAGUUGGAUAUUAUUUGGACUAUAGAACUUCUCAGCUUAGCAGCUCUCAAGCACUAGGGCAGCCUGAUUUAUGCUACUUUAUAUGUGAAACCCGCAGACCUGGGCUUAUUAAAUACCUAAAAAAAUCCUCCACAAAGGCUUAUUAUCAUUUUGUAUAUGGCCUGAAUACGUCAUCUUCUGAAAAUAUCCAGAAUUAUUUAAAAAGUUUUGAAAAAACCAUGAAAAAAUCCAAAUGAAAAAUUUCCACGAUGUAUUAUUGUGUUUAUGAUUUAUUUUCUAAAUUUGACUUACGAAUUGAAAUAACUGGCACGGCGGAGACCCAUUAUUUAAUUAACUGUCAGUCUAAGAGGAUCCAAGCUGGAAAUAUACAUUGGCAAGGAGCUUAUGUGAGCUCUGUUUUAAGAUUUUUAUAUACAGAACCUAUCCCUGGUUCAAGGCUUUUAGAUGGUCCACUAACUGUAAAUGAGGUAGAAAAUUUCGUUGAAAUUUCAGCUCAGUUUUUAGAUAGAGUUGGAUUUGUGAUUGGUGAUAAUAAUGAUACAUGCAAAUAUAGAGAAAACUUGCUAUUUGCGAAAUUUAGUAAUUAUUUAUUGAAAUAUAAAAGGUUUAAGCAGCAUAUAUCUGUUUAUAGUAAAUAUGAUAAUGUUUUUGCUAUAUAUAAAAAUAUAAUGUUAUUAUUAGAAAUGCGGAUAACUCAUUUUUCAGAAAACUCAGCCAAAAAGACCCAAUGAUGGUUUUUUACUUAUGCAAGUCUUAUAUUAAGCUUAGACGGUUUGAAGAAAUCAUUGACAUCACGACCUGCCAAAUUUCUAUAACCCCAUUCGCUUUUCCUUUAUAUUUUUUAAAAGCUUAUGCCCAUUAUAGGCUAAAUGAAUAUAAAGAAGCAAGAAGUAUUUUACAGUACUUAAUAGAGCUGAAUUUAGAAGUUUUUUGCUUCUGGGAAUGCUUAUGUUGGUGCUAUAUAAAGGAAAAAAAAUAUGAGGCAGCAUUUUUAUGCUUGAAUUGUUUUCCGAUCUAUGAGUCUGAGCAAAAAAAUAAGGCUGAUUAUCCUACAGAUGAUGAGCUUAUGAUUCCUCAAAAAAUACCGACAAGCAGUGCGUGGAAUAUUUGGAAUAGGCCGCUGAGGUUUGAUUUUAAGACAAGUGAUGAUACAAAGCCUUGAACUAGCAGUGAAGAAGGCUCGUUAGAAAGGUUAAAAUCAUUGCAGUCAGCUAGAUUAACCCAUUGUGAAAAGAAACUAUAUAUGCUAUUUAUAGUGAUUAAAAAUUUUUUGGAUACUUUUUAUUUUAUAUAAAAAUAAUAGCUAUUAGAAGAUUUUAAAUGCUGAAAAUGUGCAUAAAAUUUUAGUUUAUAUGGAAAAACAUGUGGAAUGAGAAAACUUGUUAAAAUUUAAAAAGAAACUUUUUAUGCAGAAUAAUGGUGAAAUUUAAAUAGGAACACUUCAUGAAAGAGAUAAGUUUAGUAUGACUAAUAUAAGCAGCCAAGAAAUUCUUAGGAGAAAUGUAUCAUUAGCCACUUCGGAUUUUGAUACAAUUGGGCUGGAAAGUGAAAUUCAGACGGAAGGAAUUUAUGAUCAAAAUUUUUAUGGGUCAGCCAUUACACCCCGUGAUUAUUUUAUAACUCCAUCAAAUGAUAAUCGUCUAGCCCAUUUAAUGCACCCUUCUAUGAGGACAGUCUCCAAAAAACUCACUGAUUUGCUUAGCUAUAUGUACCUAGACCUCAAAGCUCUCUACGAAUGGCAAAAACAAGCCGCAGAAUCAGAUGCCUUGCAAGACCAAAACCGACGUAAAUUUUAAAUAGCUUCCACUCUAACAAAUAAAGGAGAAAUUUGAAUUAGAAGAGGAGCCCUAGCAGAAAGAAUGCAAAGAUCAAGACUAGCAGAAAGAGCUUAUAGGCAUGUCCUGGAUUCUGGAUUUUCUUUAUAUGCACUAUACAGAUUAAUGAAGCUUAACGUAAGAAGCGGAAACCCGAAAUCUGCUGUAUCCUGUAUUGUGCAAAUCCUUAAACAAAUAGAAAUAGAAAAAUUUAUAUUUGACACAGAAUUUCUUCCACCCUGGCUAGGGAUGAUUUUAGCUGAAAUUUGUAGCUCGUGUGGAUAUAGACAGCUGUAUUCACUUGCAGUGGAAACUGAGGGGAAUAAUUACCCUAUUUUAAUGAGGUCUAUAGAUUAAUUCUAAUGAGUAUCUUGAGAUUAUUUCAGCACUGCCAGCUCUAAAGCUUAAAAUUGCUGUGGAGAAGCAUCCAUCAAGACCACUAUAGCAUAUAGGGCUUCCCCUUGAGUAGCCCGAUAACGGGCUGGCUUCAUCACGUUAUCGGGCUAUUCAAGGGAAAGCCCUAUAAAAUAUAGUUAGUGACACUGACUAUAUAUUUGGUGUCAUCAGCUAAAUUUAACCGUGCUUAGGGUCCAAGAGCCUGAUGAGCCACCUAAAGACGGCAAGUUAACUCAGUUGCUGUAAAAAAGCGUUGCCAAGCUGUGCUAUAGCAGUAGAGACUCUAUAUUUGGUAAAGUCUGUCGGGGAGGCUUAGCCAGACACUUUUUUGGCAACCCUUAGCUGUCUGCAUCUUUUCUAUAGAAUUUUCCCAUAGAUGGCGCUGUUUGCCCUUGCCCACUGAAAAUAUUUUUUGGUUUGACUAAACCGUAUGGUUCUAGUCGAACCAACAAAUUUUCCCAGUGGGCAAAUCAAGGGCAAACUGCGCCAUCUAUGGGAAAAUUUCUAUAUCUGAAGACAGGAGACAGGCUGACGUCCCGAAUUUUUCUUCACUUCCUAUACCUUCACAUUCUGAAGUGGUGUAUCACCUAUGGGCCAAUGCAAAAAACAUCUUUUGUGAUGAUAUCCCAAUUAAGAAGAAAAUCCAUUUGCUCUCUCUAAAAGUAUGGGAUCCAUACCUAGGUUGGAUCAGCUUAUCAGUCACCUAUUACUCGCCAUCUUUAAAAGUAUGAGGUCUUUAGAAGCUUUGAAAUAUUGGAAUACGGAUGGAUCACAUAAAAAAUAG